AUGGAAAUGGGGCCGACGGCGGCGGCGGGGCCGCUGAUGGAUGUGCCGGUAAUGCUCGACGGCGACCGGUACGAGCUGGUCCGCGACAUCGGGUCCGGCAACUUCGGCGUCGCCCGCCUCAUGCGCUGCCGCGCCUCCGGCGACCUCGUCGCCGUCAAGUACAUCGACCGCGGCGAGAAGAUUGAUGAGAACGUGCAGAGGGAAAUCAUCAACCACAGGUCCCUGCGGCACCCAAACAUCAUCCGGUUCAAGGAGGUUAUUCUGACGCCGACGCAUCUCGCGAUCGUCAUGGAGUACGCCUCUGGUGGGGAGCUCUUCCAGCGGAUCUGCAAUGCCGGCCGAUUCAGCGAGGACGAGGCCCGGUUCUUUUUCCAGCAGCUGAUAUCCGGAGUUAGCUACUGCCAUUCCAUGCAAGUAUGCCAUCGCGACUUAAAGCUCGAGAACACUCUGCUGGAUGGUAGCAAUGCUCCUCGACUGAAGAUAUGCGACUUCGGUUAUUCGAAGUCAUCAGUUCUUCAUUCACAACCAAAAUCAACUGUUGGAACUCCGGCAUAUAUUGCUCCUGAAGUUUUGCUGAAGAAAGAAUAUGAUGGCAAGAUUGCUGAUGUGUGGUCAUGUGGUGUAACCCUUUACGUGAUGUUGGUUGGUGCUUACCCUUUCGAGGAUCCAGAAGAUCCUAAGAAUUUCAAAAUGACAAUUCAGAAAAUAUUGGGUGUUCAGUACUCGAUUCCGGACUAUGUUCACAUAUCUCUGGAGUGCAGAGACCUUAUCUCAAGGAUCUUUGUUGCUAACCCAGCUACAAGGAUCACAAUGCCUGAGAUAAAGAACCAUCCAUGGGUCCUGAAGAACCUCCCAGUUGACCUCAUGGAUGGUAGCACAGUGAGCAAUCAGUAUGAGGAGCCUGACCAGCCGAUACAGAACAUGAACGAGAUCAUGCAGAUACUGGCUGAGGCGACCAUACCAGCCGCUGGCACCCGUGGAAUCAACCAGUUCCUGACCGACAGCCUUGACCUUGAUGACGACAUGGAGGACCUGGACUCAGACCUUGAUCUCGACAUCGACAGCAGCGGAGAGAUAGUGUAUGCCAUGUAA